UGUUCACGAUUAGAAAUGAGUUGCUUUGAGUGCCUAUGCUUGCUGACUUUUGUAUUUUGUUAUGAUAAUGACGUGGCAGCCAACCACGACAACGCAACAUCGGGGGAAAAUCGAAGAAAGACAGAUAUAUUAAAUGCUGUGCUUGCAACAAGAAUGCAGUGGAACGCAGACACUUGGUCAGCUACCACUACAGCUGAAACCGCGCCCGGGACCACGUCCCCGAUUUUCCCGUCUCGAGCGUCGGGGCUCGGCAGCGUGUACAACAAGUGCGGUGUUGGGGAGUCCGGGACCGGGACAACACACCAACCCGUCCCGUUGACUUGCCGUUACCCGUACUACUCCAACAACUUGGACCCUGGAGCCUCCUCUUCCACCUUGGCCAGCAUCUCACCCUACGGGGACGACUUCUCCGUCUGGAACAGCUUCGACUUCAGCUCGGCGACUGGAUCUCAGCGCUACCACAGCCCUUUCGCCUCACCGGCGGCCCCGACUCCACUGAACCAGGCGGCAGCUGCAGCAGCCGCUGCGGUGUCCACUCACCAGCUGCAGCACUCCAGGGAGUCCUACCUGUCGGCGACGUCUGUGGCCAGUGGGUAUUCUUCAGUGGGUCAUCGGGCUAGCAGCUACCCGUUUUCUGUGUCAGGUUCAUCCAAUCACGCGUCAGCAUGGGUUUCCUCGGUAACCUCGACCCCAAGGAGAACCAAACGAAGGCCAUACUCCAAGCUGCAGAUCAUCGAACUGGAAAAGGAGUUCCAGGAUAACAUGUACCUCACGCGAGAUAGGAGAACGAGGUUGGCGGAAGUGUUAAACCUGACGGAGAGACAGGUCAAGAUCUGGUAUCAGAAUCGACGGAUGAAGAUGAAGAAGAUGACGGAGCGAGAGAAGCAGGAACAGCAACAGAUCGAGAGAGAAAAGAUGACCUUGGGCUCCAAAUAUUUUGCAAACCACCACCAUUAACUUUUUUUCUACAUAGCACGUCGAUUUUUGUCAAGGGCUCAUUUUUGGAUUUGUACAAAUUUUCACUAUAGCGACCGUUUGGGGGAAACGUAGAUCACAGAUGUAGAUUUGCAGAUUUGCAAAUCAAGUUCUUCGGUACUUUACAGCGUCUAGAAUGAACUCAGAACGGGGGUAGGCCUGUGUAAAAUUAAGUAGUCAAAACGCUUCCGUUUUGACCAACUUCUAUUGUUAAGUUUAAUGUAUAAACGGUUCGUUAAGUUCGAAAAGUUAGCAGAGAUCCAGGAUUGGUGUGGCUGCCCCUGUUGCUGGUCCCACACACUGUCAAUAUUUUGAAUGCUACAAGAAUGUGCAAUGUUUAAUGUGGGGCUUGAAAUAUUGCCACCAGAAAUACCGUCCACAUUCAGUAACAGAAAAUGGACAUGUAACUGAUUAAUUUCAUUCAUACAAGUCAAAUAAUUCUAAUGAAAAUAAUGACAAGUCAUCCCAUCUCAGAAAUGAAGGUAAACCUUGUUAAUAUUAUUCCAGUUUGAAUUUCCUUCAAAGUCAAUCAGGAAAAAACACACAAACGCCUGACAUCCCCGCAUUUGAACAAUUUCAAUAGACGCGCAAAUGGUGGAUGCACGGGCGCGUUGAUAGGGCCUAAAAGCGCAUGUAUUAUGACCUACCCCUCACCUCAUUUUGUUUGUGCCCGGUAGUUAUUGAUACUUCUUUUAAUAAUCGGCUCUAUAUUUGUAUAUAUGGCUACGUGAAAUAAUGCGGAUUCAUUCAACCUGUUUGUAAAUAGAUAUUAUGCGUUACAAAUUGUGCUGGCGUAAUAUGGGGGUCUUUAAAUUCUUUUCGCGAGUAUUUUGUUGCAGUUUAAGUGAAUAUUUGUAUUCAAGGAGUGUGUUUUGGAAUAUUGCAACAAAAGUGGGUAAAAUGAACAUUUUUUGUGCAAUAAGGUAUAUAAUGGAGUAUCUGACAAAUUCUGACUUUGAAAUUAAAGAAUCACAACCAAAAGUGUUUCAGUGCCAAUCCAUUUGAGUGUAUCAUAAUA